CUUUUCUUGGCAGCUCGCGUGGACAGGCAUAACGGGAUGCUACGUUGCAGCUUGAGAGGAAAACUUCAAAGCGUAAGCGAAACUGCUCCGGGUGCCGCCAGUGAGGACGAAUUUCUUCAUAAAUGAGGCCUCUGCACCUUUUCUUUGUUGGAGUCUUGGCCUUGCCUUGCACAGCGUCGUUGAAUGCGACUACCAAACAAAGCACGCGAAUUCCCAAGAGAACACUCGGCAUUCCAGUGCGCGAGGGUGAGAUUCCUCUGGAGGCGAUGAAGUUCAUUGCUCCCUACAUGAACACCUGGCCAACUCCAGCCGACUGCUGCGCUAACGGCGGCACCUGCGUUCACGGGGAAAACGGCUCCACGGAGUGUCUCUGUCCCGCCGCCUUCUCGGGUCCGGCGUGCCUGCAUGACGUUGAUGAGUGCCUGCUUCGAAGGCCGUGCGGUCGCUUCAGUGUAUGCACCAAUCUGUACGGAUCCUUCCGCUGCGACUGCAUGCCCGGAUUCCAGCUGCAGGCAGACCUCUGCGUCCGCGAGGUGUCUUGCGAGGAAGCCCCCUGCCUGAACGGUGGCACCUGCGUCACCCGCGAUGACCUCACAGACGUAUGCUACUGCAAGAUUGGAUUCAGGGGUCGACUCUGCGAAACAGCUGUGCCCGAGUGUUCGUUGGGAACUUGCCCUCGAGGCACCUUCUGCGUGAGCACCCGGCGCGGAUUUCGUUGCCUGCGGAGCCUACGCGACCUGCGUCCGGGAUACCGAUUGCCCUGGAAAUAAACGUGAACGCAAGUUGUGUGCUUAC